AUGUACAUACACAGAAAUACACACGCACAGACACAUGUACAUACAUACACAGACACAUGUACACACAGACACAUGUACGUACAUACACACAUGUACAUGUGCACACACACAGACACAUGUACACACACACAUACAUGCAGACACAUGUACAGAUACACACAUGUAUAUACACACAUGUGUACAUACACACAGACACAUGUACAUGCAUACACAGACACACACACACACACGUACACACACAGACACACACACACCCAUACAAAGUUGCAAUACUUCGUUGUUCACUCACAGAACCGGGUACUGCACUCUAGGGGGAGGCAGAGAGCACAGCACACACUCCUUCCUUUGCUUUCACUGCGCUCAGCUAUUGAGCAGUCUGACGGCUCCCAGUGCCAAUGAUAGAUCCGGCCUGAGCUCCGAGCCUGCUCAGCAAGACGGCCCUGGGGGACACACUCGCCCCCACCAUAAUUUCCACUUGUCAUUGGUGAGCAGGUGAGUGGAAAUUUCAAGGCCUGCUUUAGCGG